AUGGCAUCUCUCUCUAGCCAAUCAAAGGAGAUGCGAGAACGGCACCGGCGCAUCCUCUCUGAGUUGUUGCGGCAGCAGCAAAAUCAGGAGUGUAUGGACUGCCGUGCACGCAAUCCAACGUGGGCGAGUACCAAUUUAGGCAUAUUCAUCUGUUUGCGUUGCAGUGGUCUGCACCGACAGCUGGGCGUGCACGUGAGUAAAGUGAAAAGCUGUACAAUGGAUAUUUGGGAACCAGCACAGAUUGCGUUUAUGCAGGAGAUGGGUAAUGGGAAGGCAAAGUUGUUGUGGGAGGGAACACUUCCCCCAGACUAUGGUAAACCAAACGAGAAGGAGGAUGAAGAAUUGGUGCUCAAGUGGAUUCGUGCAAAGUAUGAGAAGAAACAAUUCUACAAACCACCUUCUAUGGUAACACCGAUGUGCGCAUCUCGUGUCACUACUGGUUCUACGGAUAUGCUAAGUGGUUUAGCAUUAAAAUCUCGACGACCAAAGAAUAAAGACGAGACAGUUUCUCCUUCUCAGGCGAGUGAAGUAGUUCCAUUGCAAAAAUUCAGUGAUGAAGUCUCAAUAGGUGUAGGUAAGCGCUCACCCAAUGUCUCAGAAUUAAUGGUGUUUGAUAAAGUAAAUGCGCAAUCAAUGGGUCAGGGGUUUUCUUCUGGGGUUCAGUUUCUAUCUCUAUCGACACCUCCUUCGGCUCAGGAAGGAGAUAGUGCCUUUGAUUUUAUUGUAAAUUCAACAAGAGAUACAGAUAUCUGCAAAAGUGAAUUACCCGUGAACCCCUUCACUUCUUCUUUUAGUCAUACAUAUGGGGUAAGCGAUGCCCCAAGUAAAUCGCAUAGUAGUAACGCCUCAAAUAAUAUGUUGGAUGAACUCUUUUCUCUGAACAGUGUUGCACCCAUGCGAGAAUGUCCUCUCAGUGCUCAGGAUCCCUCUUUACCUCCAUGCAUUCCGACACAAUCAAAUGGGUCCACGGUUGGGGCAAUGUUUGAUCCCUUUGCAAGGACCUUCGUUAGUGAGGCUCAGUCAAGUAAAACAGCAGGGUUAGUUUCAGAGGAAACUUCUCAAUCAUUUCAUGAGAAGCAGUUGCAAUUACAGGAACAGUUGGAAAAUCUACAAAAACAAGUUGCUUUCAUGGUGCAUGGAGGUGCACACCCAUACUAUGGAUGUUAG